UUAAACUGUGGGUACAGUACAUCAUAUUCUGAUGGCGGAUAUUCACGUGGGGACGAGGAUGGAGUAUGUCUCCCUGACUCUGUGCCUGCUGUUGGGUGCCGUUUCCGGGUAUCAAUGUCCGGUGGGGAAAUGGAUUCUUAUUCAAGGCAACUGUUUCCUGUUCAGUUCCCAGGGGCUCACAUGGGACCAGGCGACGACGGACUGUCGUCAAUUUGGCGCCACUCUCCUCCAAUUUAAUGGAGCAGGCGAUCGGGACCUGUUUACACGGACCAUUGUAAACAUGACGGCAGAGAGAUGGUGGACUGAUCUGACUGACUACAACCACCCCGGAGCCUGGUCGUGGGGGAAGGACGACUCAGAAAUCCUAGCCAAUCCUGGCGCAGUGGUUUGGAACGUUGAACCAGACGACCGUCAUCACAUCGAAAAUUGUGGCGCCCUCAAUAUACAGGGCACACUCAGUGACCAAGAAUGUUCUGAAAAGCACGGCUAUAUCUGUGAAUAUAAUCCGAGAGGCAGCGGCUGCCCAUUUAAUUGGAUUGUGACGACAACAAAUUGUUACUACGUCAGUGAUUUGACAGAUGAAUAUAACAUUGUUUCUUGGAGCGACGCGUCCAAGAAAUGCAAGACGCUACAUCCAGGUACUAGCGCCAAUCUACUGAAGCUCGACACCGCAAGUGAACAGGCUUACAUCCGUGCACAGCUAGCUGAGCUACAAAUGACUGACCAGUUGUACUGGGUUGGGAUGAGUGACCAGGCACACGAAGGCCUCUGGACCUGGGACGACGGUUCACCAGUCAACCAGAGCAACAUUGAAUGGACAGCGGAACCAAAUAAUCUGGGAGGAACUGAACAGUGCGCACUUAUUUAUGACAAUGGCAGGUUCGCGGACGCCGACUGUAAAAGACUUGAGAAAUAUAUCUGUCAAACACCAAGAAUAGAUGACACAAAGUACGAAAACAAGAUGGGAUGCGCGAACGGCUGGGUGCGAGCGGGACACAAAUGCUACUAUUUCCACAUCCAGCAACCACAAAAUCACAGGGCAGCCGCAUCGACGUGUUCGGAGAUGGGAGGUCGCCUUAUCCAAAUCCAGUCAAAGGACGAGGAGGUCUGGCUCGGGGUGCAAACUCUUCGCUAUGAUUCUUACGCGUUCUGGACCGGUCUGAUUUUUCAACCUAGUUCGGGAAGCUGGGUCUGGAACAGGGAUACCAAAGCCAACAUGAGCUUAAUCAAUUGGAACCAGGAGCCGAACAAUUUGGGUAACGAAGACUGCGGGACGGUUUCCCAGGACGGAAUCGUAAACGACCUUUCAUGCUAUGCCAAUCAAGGAUAUAUUUGUGAAGCUCAAACUGAAGACCAGCCUUGUCCUAAUGGAUGGAUAUCGCGGGCAGCCAAUGGUAUGCUUACCUGUUACUUAAUUAGCAACACAACUAACGCAGACAUGACCACGUGGCAGGGAUCGCGUGACAAAUGUGUACAAGUUAGCGAGCCUUUGGACGGAUAUCUACUGGCUAUUAAUUCUCGAGAAGAAGCGGCCUUUAUUGCAAAUGCAUUGAAGAAUAUAUCCCAAAUUGCCACCGGUUGGUGGACAGGUCUGAACGACAAGAAGGUGGAGGGAUACUGGGAAUACGACACAGCCUUCAACAACCCCGUACAGAACAAUGUCAUUCCCUGGGGGGGAGAGCCUAAUAACAUCGGCGGUACAGAUUACUGCACUGAACUAUAUGGUGGUAGGUACAAUGAUGUGAACUGUAACAACGUUGCCUACUACAUAUGUGAGACAAUGGCGGAGGGAUUCAGCUAUACAUCCGCAGGUUCAUCGUUACGCAAAGAAGUGUUCAUGCUGUUAUUAUUAGUGUAUUUUGUUUUAAAUCUUAUUGGUUUUAUAUAAAAAAAAAAAUAACCAAGUUAUUUAGUAACCACUGUCCUCUUCCUUGGCUUUCCAUUUUGUUUGUGUUAAGUUAAAUGUUUUGUUCGAAAUCUGAUCUGAUACUUACAUACAUAAUUACACAGCUAUGUUUGUAGAUGAUGCAUAGUAUUCUGAAAAUGUACAAUAUAUAUGUAUACUAAACAACAUUGUUAAUAUAUUGCGAAAUAAAUCGA